ACUCUGUGUGAUUAUCUUGUUUGUGGGCGCGUUUCCUCUCGUGUAAGUCAAUAACAUCUUGGGAUUGGGACACAGUGUUCUCGGGACGCUGCCGGCCAGUCCCAAAAUGGAACAUAAGGAGGUGGUGUUCCUACUUCUCUUAUUUCUGAAAUCAGGUCUCGGAGACCUCCUGGAUGACUAUGUAAAUACCCAGGGGGCUUCCCUGCUUAGUCUGAGUCGGAAGAACCUGGCGGGAAGAAGCGUAGAGGAUUGUGCAGCAAAGUGUGAGGAGGAGACAGACUUCAUUUGCAGGGCAUUCCAGUAUCACAGUAAAGAGCAACAAUGCAUCGUAAUGGCCGAAAACAGCAAGACCACCCCUGUCUUUAGGAUGAGGGAUGUCAUUCUAUAUGAGAAGAGAAUCUACCUUUUGGAGUGCAAGACCGGAAAUGGGAAGACCUACAGAGGGACCACAGCCAAAACAAAAAGUGGGGUCACCUGUCAAAAAUGGAGCGCCACUUCUCCACACGUGCCCAACUUUUCGCCUGAAAAAUUCCCUCUAGCGGGACUGGAGGAGAACUAUUGCAGGAACCCAGACAGUGACGACAGUGGGCCCUGGUGUUACACCACAGACCCAGACAAGAGAUACGACUACUGCAACAUUCCCGAAUGCGAAGAUGAAUGUAUGCAUUGCAGUGGAGAAAACUAUGAGGGCAAGAUUGCCAAGACCACGUCUGGACGUGACUGCCAGGCUUGGGACUCUCAGAGCCCACAUGCCCACGGAUACAUUCCUUCCAAAUUUCCAAGCAAGAAUCUGAAGAUGAACUACUGCCGUAAUCCUGAUGGGGAGCCCCGCCCAUGGUGUUUCACCACCGACCCCCAAAAGCGCUGGGAAUUCUGUGACAUCCCGAGAUGUACCACACCCCCACCAUCUUCUGGGCCGAAGUAUCAGUGUCUGAAGGGAACCGGCAGAAACUACGGAGGGACGGUGGCCGUCACCACGUCCGGGCACACGUGUCAGCGCUGGAGCGAGCAGACGCCCCACAAACACAACAGGACCCCAGAAAACUUUCCCUGCAAAAACUUGGAGGAAAACUACUGUCGUAACCCUAAUGGGGAGAAAGCCCCAUGGUGCUAUACAACCAACAGCGAAGUGAGGUGGGAAUACUGCACAAUCCCGUCCUGCGAGUCCUCUCCGUUAUCCACGGAACGUAUGGAUGUCCCAGUACCACCCGAACAAACUCCUGUGCCUCAGGACUGCUACCAUGGUAACGGGCAGAGUUAUCGAGGCACGUCAUCCACUACUGUCACGGGAAGGAAAUGCCAGUCGUGGUCAUCGAUGACACCACACAGGCAUCAGAAGACCCCAGAAAGCUACCCAAAUGCCGGCUUGACAAUGAACUACUGCAGAAAUCCAGAUGCCGAUAAGAGCCCCUGGUGUUAUACCACCGAUCCGAGAGUCAGAUGGGAGUUCUGCAACCUGAAGAAAUGUUCAGGAACGCCAGAGCAGGUGCCUGCGGCUCCCCAAGCCCCAAGCAUAGAGAACCCUCCUGAAGCAGACUGCAUGAUCGGGACGGGCAAAAGCUACCGCGGCAAGAAGGCCACUACGGUGGCCGGCAUCCCCUGCCAGGCGUGGGCGGCCCAGGAGCCCCACCAACACAGCAUCUUCACUCCAGAAACAAACCCACGGUCAGGGCUGGAGAAAAACUACUGCCGUAAUCCUGACGGUGAUGUCAACGGGCCCUGGUGCUACACCACGAACCCAAGGAAGCUUUUUGACUACUGUGAUGUCCCUCAGUGUGAAUCCUCAUUCGACUGUGGAAAGCCCAAAGAGGAGCCGAAGAAAUGUUCUGGAAGGAUUGUAGGUGGGUGUGUGUCCAAACCACACUCUUGGCCCUGGCAAGUCAGCCUUCGAAGAAGCUCGAGGCAGCACUUCUGCGGAGGAACUCUGAUAUCCCCAGAGUGGGUGCUGACUGCUGCCCACUGCCUGGACAAGAUUUUAGGGCCGUCAUUCUACAAGGUCAUCCUGGGUGCACACCACGAGACCGCCCAGGAACGGAGUGUCCAGGAAAUACCAGUGUCCAGGCUGUUCCGGGAGCCCUCUCGGGCGGACAUUGCCUUACUCAAGCUGAGCAGACCUGCCGUCAUCACGAAUGAGGUAAUCCCAGCUUGUCUGCCACCCCCGAACUACGUGGUUGCAGACCGGACAGAAUGUUACAUCACUGGCUGGGGAGAAACCCGAGGCACUUCUGGUACGGGCCACCUGAAGGAAGCGCACCUGCCCGUGAUCGAGAACAAGGUGUGUAAUCGCUACGAGUAUCUCGACGGGAAGGUCAAGCCCACGGAGCUGUGUGCCGGCCAUCUGAGUGGAGGGAUCGACAGCUGCCAGGGCGACAGCGGCGGGCCUCUGGUCUGCUUUGAGAAGGACAAGUACAUUCUGCAAGGAGUCACUUCUUGGGGUCUUGGCUGUGCACUCCCCAAUAAGCCUGGUGUGUAUGUUCGUGUUUCCCCCUAUGUUCCUUGGAUUGAAGAAACUAUGAGAAGGAAUUAAUUAGAUGGGAGACAGUGACGCACCAAUGGUUCUAGAAGCUGGAACAUGGUAGGGAAUCUAGCAUGCUCAGAAAUAAUUGACAGUAAUCCAACCAAGUAAGACACUGUCCUUAGCUGCCAUCUUCUGCCAAACCUCAACAUUUUUUUGUGAUGUUGUGAAUAACAUGUUCCUGACUGUGAACUGCUGGAUUCUGUAAUAACAAGGCAAUACAGCUAUGACGUUUGUUGAAAAUAAACUCGGUACUUCUUUUGAUUUAA